AUGGCUUCUCUGCCACCGGAACGUACGUUUUUAUCGCGCCCUUUUACUAAUACCGGUCUAGAUUUCGCCGGUCCAUUUAGUAUAAAGUCAUUUGCUGGCCGUGGAAGUAAAAUAACUAAUGGCUAUGUACUAGUAUUUGUUUGCUUUGCUACAAAGGCAAUUCACUUGGAGGCCACUAGUGAACUUUCAACCCAAGCUUUUUUAGCGGCAUUUUCCCGUUUUUACUCCCGUAGAGGCACCCCACAAGUUCUAUACUCUGAUAAUGGAGCAUCUUUUGUAGGCGCUGCUAACAUAUACAAUAAAACCCAAGAAAACUUCUUAUCCCAAGUACGAAAGAACAUCCUGUCUCAAAAUUCCUUUCAAAACAUUGAGUGGCGUUUGAACCCCCCUGGAGCUCCUCAUAUGGGAGGACUCUGGGAAGCAGGUGUAAAAAGUUGUAAAUCUCAUCUCAAAAAGAUAUCUCGUGCACAACAUUUUACCUUUGAAGAAUUCACAACUAUGCUUACAAGAAUUGAAGCUUGUCUUAACUCAAGACCAUUAAGUCCAAUGAGUGACAACCCCAAUGAAAUAAGCGCUUUGACACCCGGUCAUUUUCUUAUUGGCGCCCCUCUGCUGUCACCCCCAGAACCAGACUACUCUAGUCGAUCACUUAGUUAUGCAAAUAGAUGGAAGAAAUUAAAUGUACUCCACCAUCAUUUCGCAUGUAGAUGGAAAGAAGAGUAUUUAAAAGAAUUGCAUAAACGCAUAAAGCGGAAAUAUCCCCAAAGAAACUUCACUGUUGGUGACCUAGUUGCAAUCAAGAAAGAUCAUCUUCCCCCAAAUGAAUGGCGACUUGGUCGUAUACAAAAGGUUUCCCCAGGUCAAGACAAUAACGUCAGAGUGGCGGAAAUUAUUACCUCAACUGGUCCUAUAACAAGGCCAAUUGUUAAAUUAGUUAUCCUUCCCCCUAAUAAUAACGAAUCAAACUAA